AGAAGUCCAGAACUAGCAAAAACUGAAAACUAGCAAAAUGAACGCUUUUGCUUUAGCCUUUAUUUUAUUCGCUGGAGCUCUUGUUCAAGGUGCUCCAAGCGUAUACACCACCUCUGGUUGCGGUGGAUUGGACUGCGGAUUUAAUGGUUACAGUACUGGAUACACCACCGGCUAUACCACUGGAUAUGCAAGCCCAGUUACCACUUACUCCUCUCCAGCUACUGCAUACACCACCACCGAUUACGUCAGCACUCCAGUGACUUACACUUCUACCGACUAUGUCAGCACCCCAGUGACCUACACCACCACUGAUUAUGUGACCACUCCAGUGACCACUGCUCACACCGAAUACGUCAACACUCCAGUCACCACCACCUACACUGACUACGUCAACACUCCAGUGACAACCUCUUACGUCAGCCAACCAUCUGUUGCUUACGACUAUGUCUCCACCAAUGUGGUAUCUACUCCAGUUGUAUCUACUCCAGCUGUCGUAUCUACCCCAGCUGUUGUAUCUACUCCAGUUGUCGCCGACUACGUCACUGAAUACGUGAGCGCUCCAGUUGCUACCACCUACGCCACCGCCAGUCCAGUGUACACCACCACUGACUACGUCACCACCAAUGUCGUCAGUGCUCCAGUGACCACCACUUCCUAUGCAACCACCAGCCCAGUCUACACCACCACUGAUUACGUCACUUCCAACGUUGUGGCUGCCCCAGUUGCUACCACUGGAUACACCACCGGAUACGUUGCCAAUGACUACGUCACCACUAAUGUUGUUUCCACUCCAGUUACUGGAUACACCACCGGACAUCUUGCUAAUGACUACGUCACCACCAACGUUGUUUCCACUCCAGUUACUGGAUACACCACCGGUCAUCUUGCCAAUGACUUUGUCACCACCAACGUUGUUUCCACUCCAGUUACUGGAUACACCACCGGGCAUCUUGCUAAUGACUACGUCACCACCAGCGUAGUUUCCGCACCAGUUACCACUGGAUACACCACUGGCUACACCACCGGUAAUGUUGGAUACACCACCGGAGUUACUGGAUACACCAACGGCGUUAGUGGAUAUACCAAUGGACUUAAUGGUUAUACCACUGGUAGCUAUGUCAGCUCCCCAGGAUACACUUCUUCUGGACUUGUCAACGUUUUCUAGAUUUUUGAUUUUGUCUGCCCUCAAUGAUGAUGACCAUAUUUUAUAAAUUUGUG